CUCUUCCUCUGUGACGGUGUGUACACGUUGUCAAGGUAUUUAAUCGCUCUCGAAUUUCUUGCCGAUUUUUCGCGGUUAAACUGUAGCCUAGCUCGCUGUAAUCACCUCACAUACACAGUUUAAUGUGCUGGUCAUCGUUCCCACCAGGAGAGCUAAAGUUCAAAACUUCACGCUUUCAACAUCAACUCCAAUAUUCGAUGCUUCGAUUGCUCCUAAGCCUCUCCUGCCUCUGCCUGUGCCUCGUGCAAGGCGCUGACGAAGAAGUCACAGAAGCUCGCCUGCUCGUACAAAAGCGAAUCCUGAACCGGUAUCUUGUCGAGGGGCGGGACAUCAUCGUCGAUUACAACAUCUACAACGUCGGCGGAAGCGCUGCCCUGGACGUGAAGGUCGUGGACAACUCUUUCGGCGAGGGAGACUUUGAGGUUGUCAGCGGCCUUCUCAAGUUCAAGCUCGACAGGCUUCCACCAGGUAGCAAUGUCACCCACACCGCUGUCGUCAGGGCUAUCAAGUAUGGAAGGUUCAACUUCACAAGCGCCGAGGUCACCUAUAGAAGCUCGGAGGACAGCAAGGAACUUCAGUUUGCUCACACCGCUGAGCCUGGAGAGGGCGGCAUAAUCGCAGUGAAGGACUUUGACCGCAAGUUCUCCCCACAUGUGCUGGACUGGCUGGCAUUCGCAGUGAUGACGCUCCCUUCCCUUGGCAUUCCCUUCCUGCUCUGGUUCAACAGCAAGUCCAAAUACGAGGCCAUUCUGAAGCAGUUCAAGAAGCAUUAGCAUGGUUGUUGGACUU